AUGGCGGAUAACCGAUCCAUGAACACUUGUGUUAUCCUUCUAGCUUUAAUUGCCUGCAGCCAUGCACUUCUUUGGGCUGAAGGGAGACAGUUAAAGAUCAUGGAGAAAGAAGAAACAGCGAAGCAUGGCAGCAAAAACAUCAAUUUUCAGCAGAAUUCUGGAGAGCUCAAAGAAGACUCCCUGUCAACAAAACCGAGUGUUGACAAUCCUUCUGCUGAAAACGCUGUAAGUGUGACAGGGAAAAAAGAAAUAUACCCACCCAUGCGUUUGGUUGAAUCAGCCGCAUCAGACACAGAUGAUUUUCGACCAACAACACCAGGAAACAGUCCUGGUGCUGGCCAUAAACAUGCUUUUGAAGGAGAAGAAGAACUUGACUCCAGAGUCAAAGGUGACGAGAGCACCACCGUUACAGCUGCAAUAGCUAUUGAGUCUCCCCCUCCAACUCCGACUUUGCCAUUUGGGGCACGUCCAACCCCAAAACAUGCAGAUGGCUUCAGGCCUACAGCUCCAGGUCACAACCCCCGUGUCGGGCAUGCCAUUCAAAACUAG